AUGGUCUCCUUCACUUCGUUGAUUGCGCUCCUCUCUGCGACCACUGGAGCUUUUGCCUCCACUGGAGACAUUGAAAAGCGCUACUCCUCUAGCUCCACGGGAACCAACAACGGCUAUUACUAUUCCUACUGGACGGACGGAACUGCCGAAGCAACCUAUUCCAACGGUGAUAGCGGUGAAUAUAGCGUCACCUGGUCUGGUGAUGUUGGAAACUUUGUUGCAGGAAAGGGUUGGAACCCAGGUAGCCAACGCACUGUUACCUACUCGGGUAGCUUCAAUCCUGAUGGAAACGCCUAUCUCUCCGUCUAUGGAUGGAUGACCGACCCCCUCGUUGAGUACUAUAUUGUUGAGUCCUACGGUGACUACAACCCGUCUUCCGGGGGCACAUACAAGGGCACCGUCACCAGUGAUGGCGGUACCUACGAUGUCUACCUGAACCAGCGGGAUAACGCAGCAUCGAUCCAAGGAACAGCUACCUUCAACCAAUACUGGUCGGUCCGCCAAUCUAAGCGCGUCGGGGGUACUGUUACUACAAGCAACCACUUCAGCGCCUGGGAGAGCCUUGGCUUGGAACUUGGAUCCUUCACCGAUGGUGCCUACAUGAUCCUUGCCACGGAAGGCUAUGAAAGCAGCGGCUCCUCGGCUAUUACAGUCGAGUAA